UUGAAGGUUGCCGUCCGUGUACGCCCACUCAGCAGUACGGAAAAGCAGAAGCGUCAUUUUCAGUGUGUCUUUCAACUCGACAAACAGGUUUAUCCACUUUGUUUUUUCCGUACGGGAAAAACUAUCCGCUUGCUGCUUGUCGAUCCGGAGAAAUACGGGAAUGACGUUCUUCGCCAGAAUCGUCAGCACGAAAGGCAAUUUUCGUUCGAUGCAGCCUUCGGCCCAAAUUCAACACAGAUGGAUAUCCACGACGCAACAACCGCCUCAUUGAUAAAUUCCUUGUUAGCUGGCUACAAUGCAACAGUUUUCGCAUAUGGAGCAACUGGAUCUGGCAAGACUUUCACGAUGAUAGGAACAAAAGAACGACCAGGGCUUAUGAGCUUGCUUACUCAAAGUCUUUACCAAAAAAUAAGCCUUGAUGAUUAUCAAGUUCAGCUCUCUUAUCUUGAGAUAUACAACGAGAUAAUUAGAGAUUUGCUCAGUCCAUCAGGUAGAGUGUUAGAUCUCAUGGAGGAUGAUAAAGGAAACAUACGUGUGCCUGGUUUAUCAACUGUUCGUGCUCCCAAUCUAUCACGAAUAAUGCAAAUUCUCCAAGAAGGGAAUUCAAAGCGAACUCAAGAAGCUACAGAAGCGAAUAUAACGUCGUCAAGAAGUCAUGCACUUUUACAGGUUUCACUGCUUAAACACAAUCAACCUUACUCGAAGCUUUUCUUAAUCGACUUAGCUGGAUCAGAGAGAGCAUCGAACACAAAUAAUCGUGGUCAACGUCUUAAGGAAGGCGCUGCCAUCAAUAGAUCUUUACUUGCUCUUGGGAAUGUGAUUAACUCACUUAGUUCCAGGAAAUAUGUUAACUAUAGAGAUAGCAAGCUUACCCGACUUCUUAAGGACUCUUUAGGCGGAAAUGCUCGAACGUGCAUGAUUGCGCACGUCACUGCGGCCAGUGGACAUUAUGAAGAAACGUACAAUACACUCAUAUAUGCUAACAGAGCAAAAAAUAUUACAAAUAAAGUGACAAGGAAUCGACCGGCUUCAGCCGAUCAGCCCUACACAGACGCAAUGCGGGAGAUGUGUCGUGAACACGACAACAGAAACAUUGCACAUGCUUCCUCCUCAAGCCAAAGGAUGCGCCAUGCAUUCGACUUCAAUAAGCAUCUGACUCGCAGUGACCAGCCGAUAAAUCGAUCCAGUAGUGAAAGACACGAUUUCUCUUCCCUAUUUAAUCAGCUUAAGGAGCAGUACAUGACUCUGUCUGAUAAGCAGCAAAGAUUUCGGGAACGACUUAUGCGAGCUAAUCAAGAUGCAUACGAACUGGAGAUGAACCGCACCUCUAAACUAGCCAUUAUUCAUGCAUGGGAGAAGCACAGCCAAACAGAGAAAGCAACUGAGAGCAUCAGUCGCUUAAAGACAGAAGAUGAACGACUACGUCAGAUGGUAGAUAUACGACAGAAGCUUGAACGAGCUCUUCGUAAAGGUAGAGAAACUGCGAAAGCAGUUGAGACAAGACUGCGGUCACUAGGUCGUUCAAAAGAACAGCAUGAGCUGAUCGACCUUAUCGUUCGAAUGAAUGACGUGCAAGCUGAAAGAAUAUCUGCUGUAAACGAUCUCGCCAUUCAGUCGUUAAUCAUGCAAAAAACGGAUAGCUCAAUGGCUAAGCUAACAAAAUACGAAAUGUUGGCCGAGAAAUUGAUCGAGGGGCAACUCAGUGGCAAGGAUCGUGAACAACUUGAACAGGAGUACAGAUUAGUGAAAAAUCAGUUUCACUAUCAUUUAAUUCCGCUUAAAAGCAUUCACAGCGUAGUGUCAUGGAAUUCCCUACUUCUUCCAAAGAUAAACACACGGCUUGGAAAAAAAAGCGACCCCACCCAGCUCCCUCUUAUUAAUGAUCGAGAGCGUGAUAAAGACUCCGCAGUGGACUCUUGUGACGGUAGAGGUAGGUAA